AAGGCCGACCAAGAUCGUCGACAGCUCACAUCGCAACUAAAAGAGGCCGCAGAUACUGCGCGGAGGUGGGACCUUGAAAAAGCCCAACUACAAGGGAAGGUCCGAAAGCUCAUGUCGGAGCUCAAUGAGUCAAAGCAGAAGACGCAAGAACUGGAAAAACGCCUGGACGACGCGACCCUGGACCGCACAAACUACGUUUCGCGGAAAGAACAUGAGAAGAUUUUGAAGGACUUGUUUGAUGCCUCCUCGUCCGUGACCAAAAUGGCCGAAGCGGAGAUAGAUGCGUCUCAAAACGCAUACAUCAGCACAUUGCUAUCAGAUUCCGAUGUGGCUCAAGGGUCCUGGCUGGACCAGUCCAAGCAAUUCGCUAUGCUCGACAACCCAGCCGUUCCGGAUGUUAAUGCGUCGACAUUUUCUAUCCCUGAUCCACCAGCACUGCCAGGCUUUGACGAUUAUGUAGAAAUGCCCUGA